AUGUGAAAGAGGAGAAUGGUGGCCAGAAACUCUUCUGUGACAGAGUUCAUCCUUGCAGGCUUAACAGACCAGCCAGAACUUCAGAUUCCCCUCUUCUUCCUGUUUCUAGGUUUCUACCUGGUCACUGUGCUUGGGAACCUGGCCUUGAUCUUCCUGAUAGGGCUGAACACUCACCUGCACACUCCCAUGUACUUCUUCCUCUUCAACCUCUCCAUAAUUGAUUUAUCUUACUCCACUGCCAUCACCCCCAAAAUGCUGAUGAGUUUUAUCUCAAAGAAGAACAGGAUUUUACAUGCUGGAUGCAUGACUCAACUCUUUUUCUUCUGCUUCUUUGUCAUUUCUGAGUCCUUUGUUCUUUCAGCAAUGGCAUAUGACCGUUAUGCUGCCAUCUGUAACCCACUGGUGUACACAGUCACCAUGUCUCCCCAGGUGUGUUUACUCCUCUUGUUAGGUGCCUAUGGGAUGGGCUUUGCUGGGGCUAUUAUCCACACAGGAAGCAUAAUGAGUCUGACCUUCUGUUCUGACAACCUUGUCAAUCAUUUCAUGUGUGACAUCUUUCCCCUCCUUGAGCUCUCCUGUAACAGCACUGGUGUAAAUGAGUUGGUGGUCUUUGUUGGUGUGGGCAUUGUCAUUGGAAUACCCAUUGUCACCAUCUUCAUUUCUUAUGCCCUCAUUCUGUCUAGAAUUCUUCACAUUCGCUCCACAGAGGGCAGAUCCAAAGCUUUUAGCACCUGCAGCUCCCACAUGACUGUAAUUUUUCUUUUGUUUGGUUCUGGGGCUUUUGUAUAUCUCAAACCACCAUCUGUUUUGCCCCUUGGCCAAGGAAAAGUGUCUUCUGUGUUUUAUACCAUUGUGGUACCUAUGUUAAAUCCUUUAAUCUAUAGCUUGAGAAAUAAGGAUGUCAAAAUUGCCUUGAGGAAAACUUUGGACAGAAAAAUAUUUUCCUAAGAGAACAGUAUUUGAAAAAGAAGACACAAGUUUCUGCUUAUUUGUAUUUAUAUUUUUAACCAGAGAGCCAAAUUCCUGGUUAUUUUAUGUCAUGUAAGAAAGUGAAUUGUAAGUCUUUCUAUUUGGCUGAAUGUUUCGUGCAGAUCUGUUCUUCCUGACUCUUUUGCACCUCAUCUCAACUAUUUCAUGAUUUAUGCAAAACAAUUAUAAUUAAUUUAAUGUGACUGGGUUUUAUUAACUGUUUAAUCUGACCUUCUCCCUUAACAGAUAUUAGAGAUUCAGAAAUGCAU